AUGGAGGAACGCAUGAGAGCACACAAGCGAGGAGAUUGCGCCAUUCUUGGCAGGAUGAAGCGAAGGCAGGACGCAGUAUCUGGAAGGGCGGUAGGUGAUUUGCGUUUUGAGGUAGGAUCUGAGCAGCAUGCUUAUUGUCGACAGGCUAACUCGCUAUCGGUGGGCAGUGAUGCGAGGAUGUCGAAGAUAGAAGGCCCCCGAGCGGCUUGGUCUAAUGAAGAGAAAAACAGAAUCAAAUGUCGGAAAUGUCAGAAGUUUGAAAUGGAAUUUAACAAGGAAAAGCAAACUCUAAAAUCAUUGGCGAAAAGGUUUGCGAUAAUGCGUGCACGUGAAGAUAUAUGCAAAAAGAAGAAGAACAAACAGAUGAAAGCAAUGUAA